AUGUUGACUGCCACCCGAAACGAGCGAAUUGACAAUUACAGCCCGAAAGACAAUUCGCAGCUAGCGGGAAAGAUGCCCACCGAAUGCCACAACGUCGGAGCUGUCGAUCAACGUAUCACGCGCUACGAUCGGGUCAAACCAGUCGGAAUGGCACGUGGAAGAAGAGACAACGUACGUGCCAAGUGCGGACCAAAACCACCAAGGAAUGACCUACAGAAAGAGACAUAA